AUGUCCAAGGUUCAGAUUCAUCCGAUACUUAUAAUGGAGAUUCGUCAAAAAGUUGCUGUCUAUCGCUUUGAGAUGUUUCGGGAACCAACCUUUAUUCGCCUGAAAAAUGUGCUGAGAAAUAAAAAGCCACUGUUUAUGGCUAAACUAAGUUUUUACGGAAUGACGACCGAGCUGCAUGCCGAUCUGGACUUCGCGAAUCAAGUUAACCAAUACUACAACAACAAAAGUAUGGAUAUUACACCAAGAUUUGGAACUAAUGGAAAAGAAAUUGUUGAGUUCACUCAGAGAUAUAACAUAACCAUGAAGAUUGAUCGCCGAUUUAAUAUUAGUUUUUCUAACUCUAAUUAUUUGGCCUCUUUGGGCUUGGUGAAUCCCUACAGAUCCUUCUCCUUGAUUGUAGUAGUUCCCUGUGGUACCGAAAUGAGCCUGAAGGAUAUUUUUAAGCAUUUGGAUUUCCAAUCCUUGUUGGCGUUCAUUUUGACAGUAUACGGUAUACUCAUAAUCGCCGAAACUGUCAUCCGAGUGCUAACUUAUCGAUUACAUGGCGUUGGCAGCGGAUCAGGAUGGAUAACUGCAAGGACUGUGGUGAAUCUCCGAGUGUUCCGGUCCAUACUCGGAAUGUCUUUUCCCAUUGGUCGGAGGACAACCCUUCCGCUCCGCCAACUUUUUCUGGCCAUGAGCGUUUUUGGAAUGGUAUUCAGCACCUUUUUUGGGUGCAAGCUAACUUCCUUGAUGACAAAACACACCCGGAUCGGCCCGGUGACUAACUUGGAGGAGUUGCGUUCCAGUGGUCUGACCAUUGUCGUAGACCCAAGUAUACGCAAGUUCAUUGAGACAAAGAUUGAUCCUGAUUUCUUUAAAAAAAUUCCAGGCGAUACCAUAUACGUUCCCAUGAAAGAGCGAAUGAAAAUGAUUAAUUCUUUGAAAACGAAUUUCGGCCAUGUUAUGUUUGGAGAAACUUUCUAUCAAAUAAAUAAGGUCCAGCUACUUAUCGGAAGAAAGGAAGUUUGCACCUCAAAAGAUUUGGUUAUAGCCGAGAAUAUGCCACGAAUUUUCUUUAUGGAGAAUAAGUCUUAUGUCAAAUGGCUUUUUAACGUAUUUGUGUUGCGUAUUUAUGAGUCUGGUCUCAAUGAAAAAUGGCGCAGAGAUGAGAAGAUGGAGUUAAUGAAGUACCUACACGCAAGACCCAAUCGCAAUCAUAACGUUCCUCUAACCAUCGGGGACCUAAUGUGGACCGGAUACCUUUUAAGUUUUGGUUACGGCUUGUCUAUAAUUAUAUUCUUGGCUGAGUUGUAUUUGUAUGAAACACAAAGAAAUCAAAUGAUAUAA